GAGGACCGGAAAGCUCCCGGAAGGCGACUGGGCUCAGGCUGCUGACGCACUUCCGGCCUCCGUGGCUGCUCAGCUGUUGGGGAUCCGCUGCCCGCGGCGGCCCUGAAGUUUCCCUGGUCCGAAGGACUGAAGUUCCUGGUAGAACUGAGGUCCCCCCUGCUUGCUGGCUGCCAGCAGGAGACUGACCUCAGCUUCUAGAGGUUGCCGGCAUUUCUUUACACUGACUUCCCUCCACUGACAAGCCAGGAAAUGAGCCUCAAAUCCUCCUCAGAGCUUCGUUUGACAUCUUCUGCUACCAGCCAGGGACUACUCUACUUUUAAAGAGCUCAAGAGACCCCAGGCCCUGAGGCUUUGACCUAGCCCAUCCGAAAGGUUCUUGGUUUUGUCAUAUGAAGAAUUCAAGGACAGACACAGCACAGUAAUGAUACAUCCUCAAGAUGUGAGCGAGGUGUAUCCUCUUAAAAAGAAUAUCUCAGGAAAUCUUAAAUGAGGCUCCCCUUCAUCCCAGGCUGGAGUGAACCUUCCAAAUUAACCCCAGAAUGGCUUCAACAGAGGGACAGGAUGGACUUACUAUUGUGAAGGUGGAGGAAGACCCUAUCUGGGACCAGGAAACCUACCUUCGAGAGAACAGCUUUUCUAGCCAGGAGGUCUCCCGCCAACUUUUUAGGCACUUCUGUUACCAGGAGACCCCUGGGCCCCGAGAGGCCCUCACCCAGCUCCGGGAGCUGUGCCGACGCUGGCUGCGCCCGGAAACCCACAGCAAGGAGCAGAUCCUGGAGCUGCUGGUGCUGGAGCAGUUCCUGAUCAUCCUGCCUGAGGAGCUCCAGGCCUGGGUGCGGGAGCAGCACCCCGAGAGUGGGGAGCAGGCCGUGGCUGUGGUUGAAGAUCUGGAGAGGGAGCUUAGUGAGCCUGAGAACCAGGCCCCAGAUGACGAACAUGGCCAUUCUGGAGCGCUCUCAGAGGAUGUGGUGUGUUUGAAGGCCAAGCAGGAAUCGAUAGCCAUCCAGCUUCAGUCUGUGGUGACUCAGUUCAAAGGUGAAUCUUUAGAUCCCCACAGAUUUGGAGAACAAGGUGGCGAAACUGUACCGGAAAGCCAGGAAUCAGGAUUGAAGGAAGAAGUCUUGAAAGAAAUGGAACAUUUUGGAAAUGGCAGACUCCAAAGAGAUGCUCCUCUAGAUUCUAAGUACGGAGAAAUUUGUAAGCAGGAGAGCAGAGUAGAAGAGUGGAGGGGACAGGCCACUGGAGAGAGACGACACAGGUGCAGUGAGUGUGGGAAAGGCUUUACUCAGAGUUCGGUCCUCAUUCAGCACCAGAGAACCCACACGGGGGAGAAGCCAUAUGAGUGUGAGGAGUGUGGGAAAGCCUUCAGCCAGAGAUCAGGCCUGAUGGAACACCAGCGGAGCCACACCGGAGAGAAGCCCUAUCAGUGUAAGGAGUGCGGGAAGGCCUUCAGUGCCAGCAAUGGUCUCAUUAGACACAGGAGAAUCCACACGGGGGAGAAACCCUAUGAGUGUGAGGCAUGUGGGAAAGCCUUCCGCCUGAGCUCAUACCUCGUUCAGCAUCAGAGAAUACACACUGGGGAGAAACGCUACCGGUGUCACGAGUGUGGGAAGGCCUUCAGUCAGAAUGCAGGGCUUUUCCAGCACCUGCGCAUCCACACAGGGGAGAAGCCCUAUCCGUGUAGCCAGUGUGGGAAGCGCUUUAGCAGGCGAACACUCCUCAUCAAGCACCAGAGAAGCCACACCGGGGAGAGGCCGUACGAGUGUGAGGAGUGUGGGAAGGCCUUCAGUCACCACUGCAACCUUAUGAGGCAUUUUAGAAUCCAUACUGUUGCCAAACUAGACUCAUUCCACGAACUCCCAGACCCUUAAAUCGGGCCAUCUUGGAUAGUAAGAUUUUCAAGUGGGUUAUUUUGUUUUUACCAAGUGUAUUCUGCUCUGGAAUGCAUAGCUUUGUCUGCAGACUGGGUGCUGGUGUCUUCUGGGUGAAUGGCUGUGGGCACAGGUUACCUGGCAGCGUCUUCCUUCUCUGUCCCUUGGUUCAUUUCUGAUCAUUUCCCUAAAAAGAGACCAAAAGUUACCUGGAAAUAAGUUGGUAUGGAGGGCUGUUCUUGAGUAACACUGAAUGCCAAGCAACUCAAAAAGACUAGCAUCUGUGUAUACUUUUUUUUUUUUUUUUUUUUUUUUAUUCAUGAGAGACGGGGCGGGGGUGGGAGGCAGAGACAUAGGCAGAGGGAGAAGCAGGCACCAUGCAGGGAGUCUGAUGUUGGACUCAAUCCUGGGACUCAGUAUCACGCCCUGAGCCGAAGGCAGAUGCUUAGCGGCUGAGCCACCCAGGCAUCCCUUUGUGUAUACUUUUUAAAGAUGGGCAGACUAAAAGGAUAUUUAGAUGUGAAGGUUCCCCCCACCCCCGUAAAAGUACAUUUUAAACACACUGAAGGUUUUGGGAAUAAGAAUCCUUGCCAUUCGCAUAGGCAGUCGUCACCAUAGUCUGAGGAAAGAGGUAGAUGAUCUCCUUGGUGCUUUCAUCAGAACGAGCAGCGUGCUCACCAACUAUGCUGCAUGACACUUGCAGUCACGGCAUUUAGGGCCGCAUGCCUUUGAUACCUACAUGCAGGUCGAUACCAUAUUUAAAGUCCUCCAUUUUGUUAUCAGUAAUAAGGGGUGCUUGAAAGUGUACACACUAUACUCUUCCUGUCGGCAUCACUGCCCUGCCCCUGCCCUUUGGAGAUUAGUCGGGUGCCUUAGCAGACAGCAUCACCGAAGCUCUGUAAAGAGGACCCAUAGCCCUCAGGCCGCCUGCUCUUAGCUGGGGAGACCAGCUUGCCCAGGCCACUUACUGUCAGAGUAACACACCAGCUCUGGCACCAGAUGUCUGGGCUCCAAUCCUGCCCAUCUGGUUGGGAGCCUUGUGACCUUGGGUAACUUAGUCGAAUGACCUGAUGCUAUGGUCUCCCCAUCUGUAAUAAGGGGUGAUUAAUGUGCCCUUCCAACAGGGCACACAGGAUUAAAUUAAUGCAAACUUUAAAACACUUAAGACAGCUCUCAGAAAAUGUGCAUUAGGAUUUAUAAAAGAAAUAAUAUUGUCUAAUGAGUGCAGGUGGAGUUGUAAGUAUGUUGGAACUAAGGAUAUUAAAUGCCUCUGCUGGUAUUCUCAUUAUACUUUUCCCAAAGGUCAAAAUCAGAAGCUGAACUUCCAAAGAGAGGAAAUAAAAGUUCAGCUUAAAAUAUGC